UGGAGAUUUACAUUACAUUCACAAAUCCAAAAAUAUACUCUUUUUGGCGCUUCUUCAGUUCAGCUGCAUUUCCUCGAACCUGCGUUUUUAUCCUUUCCGACAUCCGAUGACGAGUGAGAAGCUCUAUAAAUCCCGCAGGUUGCCUCGACGAUUGUCAUUCUUCAUCUUCUUAAAGGCUUCUGAUUUCAUUCAUCGCCAGGCUCAAAAUCAUCGCAAAACCAGCAAAACGACAGACAUCUACCGUAAUUUGACAAGGGCGAUAAGCACUCGGAAAACAAGGCAUUUACUUGCUGAUAACAGACGCAGGGACUACAUCAAUAUAUGCGUUCCUCUAUGCGAAGCAUUAACUAAAGCAGACUGGCAAACCGCAAAACACAUCAUCGGUAGCCCUGAAUACCUCUUACGUUACAGCAUCAAUGAAAACUGCGAAACACCACUUCACGUUGCAGCAUCAGCUCAAAGCAACACUGACAGCAUCGAAUUCGUGCAAUAUCUUGUGGGUAAAAUGAGUGAGGCCGACUUGCAACUGCAGAAUAGAAGUGGAAACACUGCCCUUUCUUUGGCAGCUAUAUCUGGAAAUGUUGAAAUUGCUAAAAUUAUGGUGGGGAGUAACAGUAAUUUGCCUACCAUCCCUAAUGGCGAACAAAUGAUGCCGCUUUAUAUCGCUGUGUUAUUUGGAAACAUAGAAAUGGUGGAUUAUCUCUAUGAAGAGUCUCUUCAAAUGAAUGCCUCUGGUUGGACACCUAAGAAUAGGAGUUGGGUUUUCUUGAAGUCCAUUGAGAUGGAUUUCUUCGAUUUCGCUCUGAAAAUAUUGGAGCACCACCCACUACUUGCUCAAAGUGGGGAAGCUUUAUGUGCUUUGGCUCGAAAGCCUUCUGCAUUUGAUGAAAUAAAACCACAUUACAUCAGAAGCGUCGUGAAUUCAACCUUCCAUUUGAAGGUGGAACCAGUUGACAAUAAAGCCGUGGAGUUACUAAUAAAGAUUUGGACAAGUAUUGAGGAAAAGCCCAAAACUGAAAUAGACAGAAUACUCAGAGGCCCAAUAGUUCUGGUAGAUGGGAAACAAACAUACCCCUCUCGAGUACUUUUUGUUGCUGCAGAAACAGGAAAUACUAGGUUUUUGGUUGAGCUCAUACGUCGAUAUCCUGAUCUUAUAUGGAAGCAAAAUGAAAACAAUCAAAGUAUUUUUCAUGUUGCUGUUUCUCAUCGUCAUGAGGGUAUAUAUAAUUUGUUGUAUGAGAUCGGAUCCAUGAAGGCUUUGAUAAUUCCAGUCAAAGAUCUAGAAGGGAAUAAUAUGUUACAUUUGGUUGGAAAUAACACUCAGAAAACCCGACUUCGACAUGUGUCAGGGGCAGCUUUCCAGUUGCAACAUAAAUUAUUAUGGUUCAAGGAAGUGGAGUCUAUGGUACCUCCUCUUUACAAAGAAAAGAAGAACAAAAGUGGCUUAACACCAUAUGAACUAUUCACUGAAAACCACAAACCUUUAGUAACCGAAGGUGAGAAAUGGAUGAAAGGAACCGCUAGUAAAUGCAUGGUGGCUGCCGCCCUAAUAGCCACCGUAGUAUUUGCAGUCGCUUACACAAUUCCCGGUGGCUACGACCAAAAAACCGGCUUUCCUAUGUUUCUUCACAACGGUCCAUUCCUAGUAUUUGUCAUCUUGGAUGCUAUUUCCUUAAUCUUGUCUUCCACUUCAAUCCUUGUGUUUUUAUCCAUCCUCACGUCUCGUUAUGCUCAGGAGGAUUUCCUUGAAUCAUUACCCAAAAAGCUUUUGGUGGGUUUAUCAAUGCUUUUUCUUUCCAUAGUCACCAUGAUGUUUUCUUUUAGUGUUAGUUUCUUUGUGAUAUAUCGUCACAAGUUUAUUGUCAUUGCAAUCUUCAUUAGUGUGGUUGCGCUUAUACCUAUUGUUUCGUAUGCUCAACUACAAUAUCCUCUUGUGAAAGACGUGUUUAGUUCAACGUAUGGGUCUAGGUAUCUCUUUAAGCCCAAGAAACCAGUGCUUUAUUAUCAAAAUCCAAGGGUCUAGAUGUCUAGUAGUAGUAGUUGUUAUUAUUGUUGUGUGUUUGGUUUGGUUUGGUUUGAUAAAGAUUUUGUUUUAAGAACAUGUAUUGAAACUUAUUUUUUAUUAUUAAAGUUUAUAGUCGA